GUCCCGCUUUCGCGUCCCCACAAUAUCGCGCUCUUAAAGACAUCGGCGACUCCACGUUGACUCAUUGGUUCUUAAAACACGCAUACAUCAGCUGCAUACAGCGCGACAAACGCGUUAAAGAUGGCAGCCGUAGACGUCGAACGUGCGAAGCUGGAAAACUCCAUCCGUAAUUUAAAACUCUCUGGACACGUUGGUUUUGACAGUCUGCCUGAUCAGUUGGUCAAUAAGUCGGUGCAAAAUGGAUUUGUUUUUAACAUUCUUUGUAUUGGUGAGACUGGUCUUGGAAAAUCCACUCUUAUGGAUUCACUGUUUAACACCAGCUUCGAAUCCACUCCAAGUCCACACAAUUUACCAGCAGUUAAACUAAAAGCUCAUACCUAUGAGCUGCAAGAGAGCAAUGUUCGACUAAAGCUUACAAUCGUUGACACUGUUGGCUAUGGAGAUCAAGUCAACAAAGAGGACAGUUUCAAGGCUGUUGUAGAUUACAUUGACACUCAAUUUGAGGCUUAUCUACAAGAGGAAUUGAAAAUCAAACGUUCACUUUCUACUUACCAUGACAGUCGCACUCACGUGUGCCUUUAUUUUAUCUGUCCAACUGGACACGGAUUAAAGUCAAUUGAUUUAGUUUGUAUGAAAAAAUUGGACACAAAAGUAAAUAUCAUUCCCAUCAUUGCUAAGGCUGACACAAUUUCUAAGACUGAAUUACAAAAGUUUAAAAGCAAAAUCAUUAGCGAGCUCCAGACUAAUGGGGUAAACAUAUAUCAGUUCCCAACCGACGACGAGAGUGUUGCUGAUGUAAACACUCAGAUGAAUGCCCAUGUACCUUUUGCAGUAGUUGGUAGUACAGACUUUGUUCGUGUUGGAAAUAAAAUGAUGAGAUCUAGACAAUAUCCAUGGGGUACUGUACAAGUUGAAAAUGAAUCACAUUGUGAUUUCGUAAAAUUGCGAGAGAUGUUGAUUCGAACAAACAUGGAAGAUAUGCGAGAAAAGACUCAUAAUCGUCAUUAUGAAUUGUACCGAAAAAAGAGGCUUGAACAGAUCGGAUUCAGUGAUGUGGACAGCGAGAAUAAGCCUGUUAGCUUCCAAAAAACUUGCGAAGCCAAGAGAUCGACUCAUCUCCAGGAAUUGCAGCAGAAGGAAGAUGAAAUGAGACAAAUGUUCGUUAUUCGAGUUAAAGAUGCUGAAGCAGAAUUGAAAGAGGCUGAGAAGGAUCUCCAUAAUAAAUUUGAUAAAUUAAAAAGAGAUCAUACCGAUGAGAAAAAGAAACUGGAAGAGAGUAGAAAGAAAUUAGAAGAAGACAUUCAAGAAUUCAACAGGCGAAGGGCUCAAAUUGCUAUGCAGUCUCAGUCACAUCACACUCUUACUCUUGGAAAGAGUAAGAAGAAGUAAUUUAUUUUCAUUGAACUUGAAAUUACAUGCAUUAUUAUUUAUCGUUAUUUGGUUGCAAAAGUUCAUUAGAUUCUACUUAAUACUUGAUUCCAAACUAAAAGUGAUUCUAAGCUUCAUGUCUACCAAUGUCUUUUUUAUCCAAAGUUUACAGUAUAAAAAUUAAUUUAAAUUAUAAUCAAUGGCAACGUAAGAUAUUUUUAAGCAAGUAUUGAAAGCCUACCUAGUAUUUAAUUUUUAUAACAUUUUGAUAGAUGUAAUUUUUACAUUAUAUAGCCAAAUAUUGUCGUUGGAUAAAUCUUUAUACAAAUACGAAAAUAAACGAAUUAUUUACGUA